AUGGCUACAGUCGAGGAGGAAGGUCGCGAGGAACACCCCAGAGGCCGGAGCAUGGAUCUAGUCGAGGAGGAAGGUCGCGAGGAACACCCCAGAGGCCGGAGCAUGGAUCUAGUCGAGGAGGAAGGUCGUGAAGAACACCCCAGAGGCCGGAGCAUGGAUCUAGUCGAGGAGGAAGGUCGCGAGGAACACCCCAGAGGCCGGAGCAUGGAUCUAGUCGAGGAGGAAGGUCGCGAGGAACACCCCAGAGGCCGGGGCAUAGAUCUAGUCGAAGAGGAAGGUCGCGAGGAACACCCCAGAGGCCGGAGCAUGGAUCUAGUCGAAGAGGAAGGUCGCGAGGAACACCCCAGAGGCCGGAGCAUGGAUCUAGUCGAGGAGGAAGGUCGCGAGGAACACCCCAGAGGCCGGGGCAUAGAUCUAGUCGAGGAGGAAGGUCGCGAGGAACACCCCAGAGGCCGGAGCAUGGAUCUAGUCGAGGAGGAAGGUCGCGAGGAACACCCCAGAGGCCGGAGCAUGGAUCUAGUCGAGGAGGAAGGUCGCGAGGAACACCCCAGAGGCCGGAGCAUGGAUCUAGUCGAGGAGGAAGGUCGCGAGGAACACCCCAGAGGCCGGGGCAUAGAUCUAGUCGAGGAGGAAGGUCGCGAGGAACACCCCAGAGGCCGGAGCAUGGAUCUAGUCGAGGAGGAAGGUCGCGAGGAACACCCCAGAGGCCGGGGCAUAGAUCUAGUCGAGGAGGAAGGUCGCGAGGAACACCCCAGAGGCCGGGGCAUAGAUCUAGUCGAGGAGGAAGGUCGCGAGGAACACCCCAGAGGCCAGAGCAUGACUACAGUCGAGGAGGAAGGUCGCGAGGAACACGCCAGAGGCCGGGGCAUGGCUACAGUCGAGGAGGAAGGUCGCGAGGAACACCCAGAGGCCGGAGCGUUGCUGACGAGGCCGGAGCGUGAGGUGGCGGAGGCGGAGGCAGCGGCGGGCAGGAGGGUGGCGCCCCAUCGCGAGGAAAUUCCGGCAUCGCGCGCCCCCGGCAAGUCAUCCUCCCGACCCGAUACUGUACCAACGCGAAGCUCCCCUUUUUUGUAG